GUUAAUCAUCAAGUUGGCGGACAGCCACGAAUUCUAUCACUCAUGCUUCUCAUUGUUCGAUUCUACUCUUCCAUAUCUAUCAAUCAUACGCCUUUCCCCUUCCCCACCGUGCGACUUUCUAAAAGCCUUCAUCGACUAAUUGCCUCAUUUCAUAAUGGCCAAAAUCACAAGCAUCGAAUAUUUCCGCGUUAAGCCUCGCUGGCUGAUGGUCAAGAUCAGUGAUGACGCUGGGCAGUACGGCUGGGGUGAAGGCACCCUCGAGGGCCACGAUCUCGCUGUUGAGGGUGCACUAGACGAGAUGAUUGUGCGACUUAUUGGCCAGGAAGCAAAUAACAUUGAGCAUAUAUGGCAAAUGUUCUGGAGACAUGGCUUCUACCGUGGUGGUCCGGUCUUUAUGUCUGCACUCUCUGGAAUUGACAUUGCCUUGUGGGAUCUCAAAGGCCGGACUCUCGGAGUCCCAGUCUAUGAGUUGCUCGGUGGGAAGGUCAGAAAUAAGGUACAGGUCUACGCCUGGAUUGGGGGUGACAGGCCAGCCGACGUCGAAAUCGCCGCCAAAGCACGAAUAGCACAGGGCCUCAAAUGCGUCAAAAUGAAUGCAACCGAGGACACAAACUGGGUCGACUCACCCUCCGUCCUCGACGCCACAGUCGAGCGCCUCCGCAUUGUAAAAUCCCUAGGCCUAGACGUUGGCCUCGACUUCCACGGCCGCCUGCACAAGCCCAUGGCGAAACAGCUGGCCAAAGCAUUAGAACCCCACCGUCCACUCUUUAUCGAAGAGCCACUUCUCUGUGAGCACCCGGAAGCCAUCAAGCAGCUUGCAGACUCCACAAGCAUCCCGAUCGCGUUUGGCGAGCGCCUCUACACGCGUUGGGACAUCAAGCGCUUCCUCGAAGACACGUCGGUCGAUAUUCUGCAGCCGGACAUUGCGCAUGCUGGCGGUAUCUCCGAGACGCGGAAAAUCGCCAUUAUGGCUGAGGCAUACGACGUCGCAAUCGCGCCGCAUUGUCCCCUUGGCCCUGUUGCAUUUGCGGCCUCGUUACAGGUUGCAUUGGCGACGCCGAAUUUUGCGAUCUUGGAGAUGAGCUUGGGCAUGCAUUAUAAUACUGAGUCGGGUGACGGAAUUGAUUUACUUACGUAUUUGAAGGAUCAGAGCGUGUUUGACAUUGCGGAUGGGUAUGUCAACGCGCCGACAGGGGUGGGUUUAGGUAUUGAGAUUGAUGAAGAGAUGGUGAGGAAGAUUAGUAAAGACACGAAGCCCUGGCAGUGUAAGGAGUUUUUUGGUCCGGACGGUAGUAUAAGAGAGUGGUAGAGGGUCUAUAUCCACAAGGCGACUCUUUACGGGGAGGUCUUUUAGGAAAUGAUAAAGCUAUG